GUGGCCGGGAGCACCCCCCCGCUCCCCGCUCGGCUGAGGCAGUGGCGGCGGCAGAGCCGAGGCGAGCGGAUCCGGCCAUGGGGAACUGCCACACGGUGGGGCCCAACGAGGCGCUCGUCGUAUCAGGUGGAUGUUGCGGUUCCGACCAAAAACACUACAUCUACGGUGGCUGGGCCUGGGCCUGGUGGUGCAUUUCCGACACACAGAGGAUUUCACUAGAGAUAAUGACGUUACAGCCCAGGUGUGAGGACGUAGAGACGGCGGAGGGGGUAGCUUUAACUGUCACAGGUGUGGCCCAGGUGAAGAUCAUGACCGAGAAGGAACUCCUGGCGGUCGCUUGCGAGCAGUUUUUGGGGAAGAACGUCCAGGACAUCAAGAACGUGGUCCUGCAGACCCUGGAGGGACACCUUCGCUCCAUCCUGGGCACUCUGACCGUCGAGCAGAUUUAUCAGGACCGAGACCAGUUUGCCAAGCUGGUGCGGGAGGUGGCGGCGCCAGACGUGGGCAGGAUGGGCAUCGAGAUCCUCAGCUUCACGAUCAAGGACGUGUAUGAUAAAGUCAGCUACCUGAGCUCGCUGGGAAAAACCCAGAUCGCCGUGGUCCAGCGAGACGCCGACAUCGGCGUGGCCGAAGCCGAGCGAGACGCUGGCAUCCGGGAAGCCGAGUGCAAGAAGGAGAUGCUGGACGUGAAGUUCAUGGCGGACACCAAGGUGGCCGACUCCAAGAGGGCCUUUGAAAUGCAGAAGGCUGCCUUCACUCAGGAGAUCAACAUGAAGUCGGCCCAGGCUCAGCUGGCCUACGAGCUGCAGGGCGCCAAGGAGCAGCAGAAGAUCCGCCAGGAGGAGAUUGAGAUCGAGGUGGUCCAGCGCCGGAGGCAGAUCGACGUGGAGGAGAAGGAGAUCUUGCGGAUGGACAAGGAACUCAUUGCCACUGUCCGGCUGCCGGCCGAAGCCGAGGCCCACCGCAUGCAGGAGAUCGCCGAGGGGGAGAAGGUGAAGCAGGUGCUGAUUGCCCAGGCCGAAGGAGAGAAGAUCCGCAAGAUCGGCGAGGCGGAGGCCCUGGUGAUUGAGGCCAUUGGCAAGGCGGAGGCCGAGAAGAUGAAGCUCAAGGCCGAGGCCUACCAGCAGUACGGGGAGGCAGCCAAGAUGGCGCUGGUGCUGGACGCCCUGCCCCACAUCGCGGCCAAGGUCUCGGCCCCCCUCUCCAAGGUGGGCGAGAUCGUCAUCCUGAGCGGAGAGAACAGCAAGAUGACAUCGGAGGUGAACCGGCUCCUGGCCGAGAUCCCGGCCUCUGUGCAUGCCCUCACCGGAGUCGACCUGACCAAGAUCCCCUUGAUCCAGAAGGCCACGGGCGUGCAAGCCUGACUCUCCGCCGGCUGAAGAAGACCACCCCUCCCAUUAUGCACUUCCCACCCGCUGCUGUCGUGGCGUUCAGCAGGGGAGGGUGGGGGAGCCCCUCUCGGUGGGUGCCUUAAUCGUGGGAGGAGCACGGACGUCCCCCCCACCCCCAGCAGUCCUCGCAUUUCUAGGAGACUUUGUCUCCCGAGUCAGUCGUUUCUCUGCUCUGUGUCGUGCUAGCCAAACACCUCCCACCCUCCUGCUCGGCCCCCACCUCCAAUUUCGUGCCUUGACUGCCUGCACCCGCCACCCCCACCCCACACAGACCCUUGCUUGCCCAGAAGGAGCCCCCCCUCACCUGGCCUGACCCCUCCAGAGCCACUCCCCACCCCCUUCAGGCACUCACACCUGGAGGGUCUCUGGCCUCCCCUCAUCCUCUCGGUCCCUCCAGUGGGUGGGCCGCCUUGGAGCCCCCCCCCCCGACCGCAGGGUCUGCCCUGGUGCCCAGAAAAGGAGGUGGUGGGCCGGGGCAGUAUUUUGACGGACAGCUUUGGCUGGGGGUCCCAUAGGCCCUGACCUCAUGUCCCGCCCCCCCUUGUCUCCGGAUGGUGCCUGUUUUUUUUUUUUCCCCGGGUCUGUUGGCUCCUCCUAGCGGGGGUCUGGCCUCCCAGAGCCCACCCCUCACCAGCCGUCCGCAGCUUGGCCUGUAUCCAGUGGAACUGCCUCCCCUUCGGCCCACCUGCCCCGCGAAAGUGCCUGAUCGGUCAGUCUGGAUCACAGACGUUGCAUGCUGCCAAACCCCCCCCCCCGUCCUCCUCCUCCUCCUCCUUUGCGUGCCUCGGAAACCCUGGAAGGGUGGGCGGGGGGGGGGCUCCUCCAGGCCAUACCCCUUCCUCACCAGCGCUAGUUUUGACCCGGGCAGCUUCCGGGGGUGGCCUUUGACCCAGAGGGCUGGCAGCCAAGGAAUCCCCGGGGUCUCCCCCCCAACAGCCAAUACCCCCUCCUCUUGCCCUACUUUUGGGGGCCUCCAUCUUGGGUUGACGCCCCCUCGAGAAAGGUCAGGCCUCCACGCUGAGGCUGGAGGGCAGCUGUCCCUGGUGUUGCCUGGCUGGCUUCAUCCCUCCUCUCCAGCCCAUGCAAGGGGUUUCCUGCCUGCAGGAGAAGGGAUCCACCCUGUUUCUAACUUGGGGGCACCUCUGCCCCCUCCCACUCUCCACUGCCAAGGCAGAGAGAGAAGUGGGGCACCCUGGAUUUUGGGGGGUUCGCACCGCCCACACUGUGAAUAUGGGUCCUCGGCAGGGGUUUGUGCCGGGGGGGGGUGAACGAGUCCAUUUUGGAAGGCUGAAGUCCUUGCGGGGUGGCCUGCUCAGCCUCUGGAAGUAGCCGAAUCCUUCCUCCCCCCCCCACUGCUCCUUCUGCAGCCCCUGGGCCAGCCCCCUCCCCCUACAGAAGCUGCCUGCUUCCCCCCCCCCCCCCCGCUUGGGCGUGGUGCAUGGCUGCUGCCCUGGCCAGAGGUGGCCAGGAACUCUCAUUUAGCCAAAUGUGAAAUUAUAAUGGACAAUAAAGUUGUGACCUUGCUAAA